GGCGAAAAAUACAUGUAACGCGUUCAUUACACCUCAGUCAGUUGGUAACAUCGUUAACAAAAUGGAUAUUGAACAAUUAGAAGAAAUUUUUAAACAAGAAAUAUUAACAUGUUAUAAAAACAAUGACUGGCGCGAGUUGUUGAAUUUAAAUCCUCAAUCUAACAAUAAAAUCGCAUACAAAUUCCUCUGGGUUUGGCCAAGUGUCGAUAAUCUAGAGUUUAUUGCCCGCAAAUUAAAACAGUUUAGUAAAAAAGGUAUUAUUUCAAUUGGUUGUGGUUGCGGUUUGUUUGAAUGGAUUUUACAACAGUACCUUGGAUCAGAAUUUCCUGUGCAUGGAUAUGAAGUGAAUGAAACGUGGUGGAAAAGUCGCUAUAGUAACCCACUUUUUAUAACUCAUCAUUAUCCUAGUUUUCCUAUUGAUUCCAAAGAAUUAAAACAAGAUCACAUUUUGUUAUUUUGCUAUUUCAACGAUGGCGACGCUUUUAAACAUUAUAUUGACUCAUUUACCGGUAAUGUGAUAAUAAUUAUUGGUCCAGGCGAUGGAAGAGGUACGCACACAAAUCCAGAACCGUUUCGUCCUAGAUUUGGACGAAUCCAAUACGACCUACAUUCAUAUCAAGAAGUUAAAAAUACCAAAGAUUAUAUUGCUGUUUAUAUUAAAGUCGAAUAUUAAAUUUAAAAAUUCUUUCAUGUAAAUUCAGUUGCAUAUUCUAUACACACACUUAAAAAAUCGAUUUUUUGCGAACCUGAACUAACCUCAACCAAAACAAGUUUUGAAACUCUUCUAACUAUCAAUUCUCAUUAAAUUUAUACACCGAUUUUCUAUAAAAUAAAAUGAGGAUAUCUAGAAUGUUAAGUGGUAUAAUGUACGCAUAUCACUUUGACAAAAAUGGACAACUACUAGGUGGUAAACUUAUCCAAGAAGAUGAAAAGUGUCUACUGGUGAAUCAAACUUCAACCAAGGUGCAAAUCAUUAGAAGACAACCCAUUGCAUGGCUGAGGUUCAUAGUCAUCUUCUGGAGUCCACGGGUAUUGAAGGCAGCAGUUAAAUUCGGCUUAGCAGCGAUGAUUAUGAAUAAAUAUGAAAGAAUUGGAUUUGCAAUUAUGAUGCUGUGCUUUGCAUUUUAAGGAAAACAAGUAAGCAACCUAUAAUAAAUACAGAUAAGUAAAGACAGAGCAAGCAGGACAAUGAAAUAUUUUGCUGAGACUACAAACUUUCAGUCAAUCUAAUCUAAAAGCAUUUGUUUCAUGUGUAAACACCUAAAUUAGGGUUGACUGAAUGUAAUUUAUGUAAAUUUUUCAACACCUGGAAGUGUGAAUAAUUUUCUAGUCAAUUUUUAAUAAGCCUUGAUAAAUGUGUUCAUUAUUAUCAUUUACAAUGUUGAUAAAUGUUCAAAUCCUUGUGAAACCAAAUUAUGUACAUUGUAUGAUUUGAAGGCAGUAAAUAAUCUCAGUUUUCCAUAA